UUUGCUGGACUAUAAAAGCGGAGGAUUGGCUGCCCAGCGAACAACAGUCAAGUGAAGUGCACUGAACCAAGAAGAUGUCACAAAAAUUGAACUUAUGUUUUCCUCUCCUUUUUUGCCUCUUGGCAAUUGGACAAGCUGAGCUGCAUAUUUACCACCCACUGAUGACCCUGCACCACCAACCAACUCUGACCGAAGUGGGUAAUCUGGUGGAUUCUGUGCCCUCAGCGGUUUCCCAUCAGAGCUCCACCAUCGUUCAUCGUCGUGUUCCCAGGAUUACACCAAUUUUAGCUCCUACUUAUAGGACCACAUAUCUGCACUAUCCAUCCUGGAAUUAUCCGCUCUUCAAUGGAGCCAACACCCUUUACCGAAAGUAAACCUUUGCACGGCAGGAGUCCCUGAAUUGGAU